ACUGAUUGCCUCCAUACUCCAACUCUCCCAACCCUCUCUCUCUCUCUCGCGCCCCUAAGAAAACUCACGACUCGAGAUGGCGGGGUAUCCGCCACCGGGUUCCGGCUACCCUUACGGCGCCCCCCCGAAUCCCUACGGCGCGCCCCCGAAUCCCUACGGCGCCCCACCCAAUCCCUACGGCGCCGCACCAUCGCCGUCCGCACCUUACGACCCCGCCGGCGAGAAGCCCCCUAAGGAGGGCAAGGGCCAGGGAGGCUACGGGAGCGGCGGCGGCUACUACCAGCACCAGACACCGCCGCCGCCGCCGACGGGGGCGUAUGGAAGCCCGUUCGCGGCGCUGGUGCCGUCGGCGUUCCCGCCGGGGACGGAUCCCAGCGUGGUGGCGUGCUUCCAGGCGGCGGACUGCGACGGGAGCGGCUUCAUCGACGACAAGGAGCUCCAGAAGGUCCUCUCCUCCUACAAUCAGAGCUUCAGCAUUCGGACCGUCCACCUCCUCAUGUACCUCUUCACCAACACCAACAUUCGCAAGAUAGGGCCAAAGGAGUUCACCUCAGUGUUCUAUAGCCUUCAGAACUGGAGGGCCAUCUUUGAGAGGUUUGAUCGGGAUCGCAGUGGUAAGAUUGAUGCAUCAGAGCUACGAGAAGCUCUUCUAAGUCUUGGAUUUGCUGUUUCACCGGUGGUUCUGGACCUGCUUGUGUCCAAGUUUGAUAAAUCUGGAGGCAAAAACAAAGCCAUUGAAUAUGAUAACUUCAUUGAAUGUUGCCUUACUGUUAAGGGGCUGACAGAAAAGUUCAAGGAGAAGGACACCAUGUACACAGGGUCGGCUUCUUUCACUUACGAAUCUUUCAUGCUUACCGUCUUGCCCUUUCUUGUUGCAUAAAGAAAGCUGUGUAUAUAAGCGUUGUUCUCUUUCUGGCAUAUUAUCUAGCGUAACCCUCUCUCCACCUUGUUUUCCUUUGAGUCAUGUUGGUUGUGGUACUGUUUAUUGAUGCUCCGUGGUGAUAAGAUCUUUCUGUUGUAAUGCUUGGCUAUGUUAAGUUUUAACACCAAAUGGACAGGCUUACAUCCUUCUCUCAAUAGAAGCUUGUCUCUUUUCAUUACUGUUCU